CGCUGCCUCCUGAGUCAGGCCCUUGCUCCACCUCGCUCAGGGUUGUAAACACAGGCUGGCAGCAGCUCCUCCGGGGUUUCAGACAGGGGUCUUCUCCCCCUGUCUGAACUGGUGAUUCUAGGGCAGGGCUGCUCAACUUUGGCUCUCCUGCAGACGUUGGCCUACAAUUCGCAUAAUCCCUGGCUAUUGGCCACUGUGGCUGGGGAUCAUGGGAGUUGUAGUUUAAAAACAGCUGGUGGGGGAGCGCCAAAGUUGAGCAGGCUGGUUUUAGGGCUUGCAGAUGCUCCAGCAUUGAGCCUACGGCCUCCCCUGUGAACAAAUGAAGCGACCCAUCCACUCAGAUCCUGGGUUCAUCCAGCUCAGUGGGUUUCCAAACUGUGGCGCUCCAGAUGAUGCCAAGCUACAGCUCCCAUCAUCCCCAGCUACAGCGGCAACAUCUGGCGCACCACAGCUUGGGAACCCCCUGAUCUGGCUGGACACUGACUGGCAGCAGCUCCCCAGAUUUUGGGCAGGGGUCUUUCCCAGCCCUGCCCGGAGGGGUGCGUGCGAGGCAAGUGUCCUCUCGCUGAGCCCUCGCCGUCUCACCUGUGAUUGCAGAUGGGGGAACGCAGCAAGGUUGAAAGGGUCCUGCUUGGUGCGGACGAAAACCACAUGCCAUAUGCCUUUGUGUCCUCUAGAGGGCGCAGGCUCACCAUUGGAUGGUCAACAUCUGGAUGGCCGCCAUUUGCUUCCAGAGCAGAAAAUAAGUUUUCUCAAGAACAGCGUAACUUUCCUAGUUAUUGCAAUGUGCAUCAUGCGGAUUUUCUUUUUUAAGCGAACACCAAUUUGCACACUGGCUUUAUUUAUUUAUUUGCAUUUCUAUCCCGCUCUUCCUCCAAGGAGCUCAGAGCAGUGCACUUGGUUAUCUUGAUCCUCACAACAGCCCUAUGAGAGAGGUAGGUCAGGCUUGAGAGAUACACGACGGGCCCAGAGUCCCCCAGUGAGUGUAUAGGAAAAAAUCAAUCUGCCAUAGACCAAGUCAGACCCUUGGUCCAACUAACUCAGUGUUAUCUACCCGGACUGGCAGCAGCUUCUUCAAGUUUGCAGGCAAGAGCCUCUCUCAGCCCUAACUGAAGAUGCUGCAGGGAGGGAACUUGGAACCUGCCACUGAGUUACAGCCCCAGCCCAUAAGGGGAAUAUCUUGCAGCACUCACAUGUAGUCUCCCCUCUGAAAGCAAACCAAGGUGUCCCCUGCUUAGCAAAAGGGACAAGAAAUGCCUAGCUUUCAGCAAGAUUAAAACACAACACAGUAGCCUCUGAAAGGAUUAAAAUGUGGGAUAAAAAGGCAAUCAUGAGAACACGGCAACCCAAUGUGUAUAACGUGAAGGAAAGACCUGCUGGAAUAAAAAGGGUUUUAUGUUUCAUUUAAAACUAAGCGGGGCGGUGGGGUGGGGUGUGAGCCCUUGAUCAAGGGGCAGGGAGUUCCACAGCCCUGGGGCCACCCCUGAGAAGUCUUGCCCACAAAUGUGCUUCAGAAGGUGGCAAGAAGGGCAGGAGAGCCUUUCAAGGCGAUCUCACAGGCCAGACAAAAACUAGAUGGUUAAACCUUUGCUGGGGGGAAGAGAUGUUCAACUCGCCCUGUCUCAGUGUCUCAGACAUUUCCCUUCUCUGCACGCUCCAUCUUGCCGUACAGAUCGGCCCAAAAACAUUGGGGGGGUGGAGGCGCUCCGAAAACGAUGCUCAACCCCAUACGAGGUGAUCACGCUGAAAGCAGAGUGCCGUUGUAAAGACUUGGAGAGGGGGGAAAUAGAAGGAAACCUGGAUGCAAAUUUGACAGCUGGGUCACUCCCGAGCAAGACUGCAAUGACCUUCAUUGCGACGGCAAAGUCUGACAUCUCCGCCGCUGGGGUUCUGCACGGAAGAUGACGAUUCGAACCGAGACGGGGGGGGAGCGGUCGUUGGUGGUCCCUCUGGCAUAGGAUUCGGCACCCCUGAAAGAAGUUGUCAAGUUCCGAAGAGAAACGGGCCUGACGUGAGCUGGCGGCAGGGAAGCAGAUCUGACGGGCAAAAUGACUUGAAAACAGUAAGUUGUAAAGGCGCUGUGCGUGCUGGCAGGUUGAUGCCCAAUUAUGCUCCCUUUCGGCUGCCAAAAUCCUGACACGUGGGCUGAAGCCGCGGAGGGAACGGCACGGCGCGUAUCCAAUAACUCGGCGUGCCCAUGCCGCUUUGCAGCAGGUGCUCUUGGGCCGUGCAAAGCAAUUCUCCCAGCAAAUGACACUGCUCUUGUCGAGCGUACCUUUGGGGAGAAAACCACUGUUUUGUCAGAUGUUGACGAAAACAUUGUUUCACGCGGAGGCAGCUGCGUUCUACUGAGUGAGGUCGCUGGUCUGUCUGACCCCGAGUUGUCUAUUCCGAGGCGGUGCGGAUCUGUAAGUAUGUUUCUGUCUCUUCAAACCUUUUGCAGAUUUCCAGAGUUGCAGGUUCUGCUGAGCUAAAGCAGACAGUUCACUGUUUAGGCUGGUUGAACCACUUUCUUUAUUCCCCCUGCCCCGUGUAAAUUGCUUGGAGAACUUGUGCGGAAAAGUGACGCCUAAAUAUUUGGUAGUAGGAUGCUGCCAACCAGACCUCAAAUGUUUGUGGUGGUAGGAUGCUGCCAACCAGGGCUGUGUAGACCUCAAAUGUUUGUGGUGGUAGGAUGCUGCCAACCAGGGCUGUGUAGACCUCAAAUGUUUGUGGUGGUAGAAUGCUGCCUCUAGGGCUCAAUAAUAAUUGUGUAACGUGUUGUGCAAAGUAUGUUAGUUGUCAUUCUGGGAGCGCCCAAGGAUUAUAUUGCUGUGAGUGUAGAAAGGAAGAGAGAGAUACGUGUAUGAUUUAUUUAUUUAUUUUGCCCCACCCCUGCUUAUGCAAUAAAUGUGUGGGUCAAUUUGCACACACGUACCAUCUUGAGAAUUGAUGACUGUUGCCAUAUUUACCCGAGCAGAAGGUGACACUGCAUUUCAGACACCCCCUUAAAAAUCGAGCUUAUAUAAAGGUUAUACCUGUAUUUACCCUAAAGGAAGAGGACCCUGCAUUUCAGAAGACCCCCAAUUUCUAACAUCAAAGAGUCUUGGAUUCAGAUAAAUAUGGUGAAAGCAAAGGUCAGGGCAAGGUUGUCAAAAAUCGUCGGAAACGGGGGUGUGCACGGAACCACUCUGGGCAGUUUGGUUUGAAUUUGAACCGAACUGCCAGUCCGCGAAUCGGUUUCUUCGAACCGGCUGGCGGUUCGGUUUGUGCACUCAAACCAGUUCGGCCCGGUUCAACCUGGUUCGACAUGCUUGGAAAGGGGAAUCCAGUGAGGAUUCCUUUUUACAAGCAUCGGGGGUCCCUAGCAAGUGAAACUGAUCUGAAAACCGUACACAUGGCGGUGGCUGCUCCCUUAGGCCCCGCUGGCGCAAGCCGGGGUUUGCUGUGCAGAGCGAGCUCAUGGGAUAAGGGAAAUGCACUGGUUUCAUGGUACACACAACUCCACGUGGGUGCUUGUUUAGAAUGAGAUCUGCUCAAGGGGAUCUCGUGCCACCUCGAGGUUUUUGUAACACUGCCGAUUUCUCCAUCUGUGUUACAGACUUAUCUGUGUGCCUGGUAGGAAUGCUGAGAAUUGUGGAAUAACAUGCCACAGGAUGAGUCAGCAUAGCUCAUCCUCAACAUAGAAUUAGUUCGCAUAAGGUUCAGCCACCCACGCAUCUGAAGCUGUGUACACACCACAUAAAUGACUGUCUCUUCCUUCACGUUUUUCGGAUCCAGUUUUGAUUCUGGGGGUUAAAAGGUAAAGCGGUGCCGUCCGGUCGGUGUCGACUCCUGGCGUCCACAGAGCCCUGUGGUUGUCUUUGGUAGAAUACAGGAGGGGUUGGCCAUGGCCUCCUCCUGCGCAGUAUGAGACGAUGCCUUUCAGCAUCUUCCUCUAUCGCUGCUGCCCGAUAUAGGACCAGCGGGGUUAGGAUGUGCUAAAUUUUAGCGUUCCCAAUUUCUGAGGAAAUAAAAUGGCCUCCCCCCCCCGCCCCAUUUUGCUACAAGAUAGACUCGGAGGCGGUAGAGGGUCGGAUUCAGACUAGGGAUCCCCUGUGAGCCAAGUCGUGCUUGGGUACGAUGCUUGUCCCUCUCUCCUGCUGUUGCUCCCCGGCCACUGGCAUUUAGAGGACAAAUGCUUUUCCAUUGUUCUGGAAACGGAUAACCUUCAAACUUUCCGUUCUGAUCUCGAAAGCAGCAACGGUGCCCCAGGGACCAAAAUUCUGCAACUCCUCCCGGAGUGUCCCCGCCGGAUCGGAGCCUUUCUAAAGAUCCCAAGAACAAGAAAAGGGCCAGAGGUGUCCGUAAAAGCACCCGUAAACCUCCUCUGCCCUGUGGCUCCGGUUUCCCCUUGUAACGGCUUUAUAGGUUUCCAUAAAGGUGCUUUAUUGCCCCAACGGACGUCACUCUUCCCCACUAUAUGGAGCCUUGGCAUGUCAGGGUUACGAUCAAAAUAGGGAAAGGUACCAGCCCUUCUAAGAAUAUCUAGGCCUCACUAUCCCCUACGUCAAGAUCUGGUGGUUAUUGCCUGGGAGGGUUUUACGGGAGUAAUUGCUGGUUUCUGGUGAUCCAGAAACUCUCCAGGCUUUUAAAAAGAGCCGUGACGUAGCUCUCAUAUUUGCUGUUUUGAGAUCUUCUGCGUUGACCGGGGCGGCCUUCUUAUGGGGCGGGGUGAGGCAGUUGCCUCGGGCGGAAGAUGUUGCGGGGGGCACCAACAGGGCAGGAAGGUGGGAGGUGAGCUCGUCUUGUGGCAGCAGGCGGGAGCGGUCCCUUUUUGCUAAGCAGGGUCUGCCCUGCUUUGCAUUGGGAUGGGAGACCACAUGUGAGCGCUGUCCGAUAUUUUGUCUGUAUUUAUUUAUUUGAUUUUUGCAUGUAUUUCCCACUCUUCCUCCAAGGAGGCCAGAGGGUAGGUUUAUCCUCAUAACAACCCUGUGAGGUAGGUUAGGCAGAGAGAGGCCUAGAUGAAUCAGAGAGGGAGAGCUGGUCUUGCGGCACUGAGCAUGAAUUGUCCUUGUUUCAGCCGUCAGUCUGAACAGAAGAACCAGCUAGAGCAGGAGAAGAUGAGGCGUUUGAAUAUACAGCCGAACACAUCAAUACAUCUGUUGCCCUGACAACCCAAAGGACGACAGUCCGCGCUCUGCAGUAAAGAUGCAAUGUGUGGCCUCCAGUGGGAGGAGAAUCUGGACCGUUGCCCAGAGGCUCAUCCACUGUCCAGGCGAUUUACGAUGCAGUUUGGGAUUGACUUCUGCCACACUGCCUUGCUCCAGAGCCAGAGUUAUUGAGAUAGCUUUUGUGGGCGGGGCCUGGAGAACGGAGCCCCCCUCUAGCAGCUGAGCCUAUUGGUGUUCUUGGCUCCACCCCCUCCAGGUAUUUUGGUCCGCUGGGCAUUGCCAAGGCCUUUGGGGCGGAGGAAAGAGCAGUUGGUUUUGUUGGCUCCGCCCCCUACAGAGAGGAGAGCUGGUCUGGUGGCAGCAAGCAGGACUUGUCCCCUUAGCUAAGCAGGGUCUGCCCUGGUUGCAUAUGCAUGGGAGACUAGAUGUGUGAGCACUGGAAGAGAUUCCCUUCAGGGGAUGGAGAUGCUCUGGGAAGAGCAUCUAGGUCCCAAGUUCCCUCCCUGGCAGCAUCUCCAAGACAGGGCUGAGAGAGAGAUCCCUGCCUUCAGCCUUGGAGAAGCCGCUGCCAGUCUGUGUAGACAAUACUGAGCUAGAUGGACCUAUGGUCUGACUCAGUAUAUGGCAGCUUUCUAUAUUCCUAUGUAUUUAUAUUUACACUUAUAUCCCACUUUUCCUCCAUGGAGCCCAAAGGAGUGUGCAUGGCAGUGUUUAUCCCCACAACAGCCCUGUGAGGUAGGUUAGGCUGGGAGAGAAGUGACUGGCCCAGAGUUACCCAAUGAAUGUCAUCGCUGAACCGGGAUUUGAACUCUGAUAUCUCCAGUCCUCAUCCAACACUCUCACCACUACAUCGGGCUGGCUCCUUAACUGGGAAUGUCAGAAAUUAAGCUUGGAAGAAGAACCGGAUGACAUUUUUUUGUAAAAUAUACAAAAGCCUGAGUCUUUACCUGCCUUUUUAAAAAGAGAAUGAGGGAGAUGGAGGAGUGGACGUCUGUUGGGAGAGCAUUCCAAAGCAAUGAUCGAGAAAGCCCUGUUCCGUGUGCAUGGGGAAAUUCAACAGGUGCAGCCCAUCUUGAUACAAUGUGCACUGAUGAGGGAGCAUGACCCGUUGGAUGUUUGCCUGCCUUGUCAGCAUUAAAGGCACAGGGAGUGGGAAGGGAAAGGCAGUACCCCCAAUUCACACAUUUGCCUUAGGCUGGCUCGUGAGUUUGUUGCAGAAGUGAAAUUCCCUUCUUGUAAAAAGAAAUGGGGAGAAAAUGUGGGGCAGGGAUCUCCAAGGAAUCCCUUGAAUCAGAUUUGGCAACCUGGGUCCCCUGCAACCGAGACUCCUGGAUGCCACUGACUACAGCUCCCAUCACCCCCCUGCCAAAUGCUGCAGGGGGUGGUGGGAGUUGUAGUCAACAACCUCUGGGGCAUCCCCUUUUACAGGGCACCCUCGUUGUGACCCACAUUUCUGCUACAACAAUACCCCAAGGCUAGUGGCAAUGACAUUUCUCUCUCCUUCCCGCGCGCUGAAGCCGCGGUGUGCUGGUAUCGCUCGAUUAAUCCUCUUCAAGCAGCUGCCGCUCUCUCGAACUCUGCCAUGAGCCCCCUUUUUGAAUCUGUUUCUUUUCUCUCUCUCUCUCCAUAGUGGCAAUUUCCUACCGAAUGGCGUUUAUCUCUAAAGCAGCCAGACUCACUCGCUUUCCCUUAUCACAGCAGUACUCGGCAGCUCCGUCGCUCUGUGUGACGCGGAGGGGGUGGAUUAACGUCACCGACAGCACCCUCUCUUACCUCACAAGAGAUGUGGCCCCUGACUUCGGAGGACUUCUAUUGGAUGAGCUGCGAUACGGGGGAAUCGUGAUACGGGGGAAUCGUGAUACGGGGGAAUCGUGAUACGGAAAAGAGCACUCUUCAGCGCCCUUUGGAGCUCGGGGAGGAGGAGAGAAGAGCAACGGGACGGAAAAUUCGGCUGACGGCAGGAAGGGAAGAGGAUUCCCGCAGGAUGAGCCAGAAGACAGACCAGCACGAUCCAGACCUUGCCUGUGCUCAGACUGACCACCGCUGCUAUCAGAGUCCUUGAGUGCCUUCCCCGAUGUUCGUACCAAUGCUAAUGAAGGGGAGAAGGGAAACGUGGCCGCGCCAAGGGAAGAUGAAACCUGCCACCGGAAAAGAGUCUGCAUGUCAAGAGAAUUUCAGCUCUUGUGCAUUGCAAGCGUCUAGCCCUUUGCGAAGACAUCUCAGCUGCUUUUUAAAAAAUCAAGUUUCUAGCCCUUAUGGAGAAAUCCCAGCUGGCUGUUUGUUUUUUUAAUCAAGUGUCUAGCUUUUAUGGAGAGAUCUUUUGGUUUUUGUCUUUGUUUUGGUUUUUAAAACCACGUGUCUAGUCCUUAUGGAAAAAUCUCAGCUGCUUUUAAAAAAAACAACACCCCCCACACACAAAGUUUCUAGCCCUUAUGGAAAAAUCUCAGCUUUUGUUUUUGUUUUUUAAAGGACGUUUUGAGCCCUUAUAAAGACAUCUCAGCCACUUUUUAAAAAAAAAUCAUGUUUCUCGUCCUUAUGGAUUAAUCUCAGCUGCUUCUUAAAAAAUCGAGUUUCUAGCCCUUAUGGAGAAAUCUCUGCUUCUGUUUUUUUGUUAGUUUUUUUAAGAAGGCUGAAUAAGAGAUCCAGUGCUUGGUGAUACAUUUCCCAUGCCUUGUACAGGCCUCCCUCUUUCCGAUCAAGCACAGAAUACAUUCUGCAAAACAAUAAGAUUAAUCAUAGGUAUCCAACCGUGAUGUAGAAACGGAAAAGGCACAAAAUGAUCCAAGUUUACAGCAUAAGGUUGCAGGGUCCAGUUUUCCUUGGGCGGCCUGGAGACAAAAUUGUUUGUUUGCUGCCUGGGACAGGAAAAUUCAAGCACGGCCCUUCUUAGAUCUCGCAAAGGCAAGCUAACAAACGAACAGGCUUCCCAGAAAUCUGUGUCCUUCAAAAGCUGGCCCAACCUGUCCUGUUUGUCAACAUGGGGAGGCCCGCCCUCCGUUUCUGUACCUGCCGAAUCAGCCAAUCAGCGCCUGGCAUUAUAAUUGGAGCAGACAGGUAAUGCUGAGGAGUCACCUGCCAAACCAGAAGCUAUAAAAGCUGCCUGAGUCACUCCCCGGGUGCCAGUGGAUUUGUACGGAGUCGUUCGAGGCCACCUGUGGACAGGUGAGCUUCCUGCCCCAGAAGGGUUAUCGGGGCAAAACGACCGAGGGAUCUCUUCUGUGGAGAAUGAGCAGAGGCGACUUUGAAACGGAAAUUCGGAUCCUCCGAGGAUAAGAGCGAAACUUCUGACAUGAUCUUCUGCUGUUGACGUUCAGGACCCCGGACAGGCUUGUGCACAGCUGCCAUCAACCGCCACUGCCCAGCAGGAUAAUAGCGAACCCUAGCGAGAUCCCUUGUGGAUUUCAUGGAGACCGCAUCACUCCUCUCUUCUCACCUUAGGAGAAGCACCGGUUGGGAUUCUGUCAUGUCCUGCUUCACCCAGAUGUGGCACACGGAGGUGCCGGACUCUCCCCCUGUGAGUCCCGUGAGCCCCAUCCCGGCAGCCCCACACGAGAUCCCCAUUCCUCUCAGCCCCAUUGUGAUCACCUCUCCCUCCGAAGGCAGGCCCGGGGUCUGCUCCCCGAUAUGCUCGCCCCUCUGUUCCCCGGUGGACGGCAAGACGCGGCUGGGCUCCCCGACGGACCGACCCACCUCCCCGAUCGAAUGCCCCAUCUGCUUCAACACGUACGACAACAUCUUCAAGACCCCCAAGGUCCUCCACUGCCAGCACACCUUCUGCCUGGAGUGCCUGGCCCGCCUGAACGCGGCCCAGACCCUGCCCCCCAACUGCGUGGCGGAUCAGCUGCCGUGCCCCUUCUGCCGGCAACUCACGGACAUCCCGCUCGAGGGGCCGCCGGGCCUCCAGACCAGCACAGACCUUCUGGCCACGCUGCCUCCCGAGCUGCAGCGGGAGAAGACCAUCUGGCUGGAGGGCACCAAGCUCUGUUGCCGCCAGUCGUCCGAUCCGGAGGCCGCUGACAACUGCAUCAGCAUCGACGUGGCUCUGAGCAAACCGGAAGUCCCCGCACCGCCUCCCGAGACCUUCCUGGGGCGGCUCUCCCGCUGCGCCAUGUGCGACGACUGGAAACGUAUCCUCCUGCUCUCGGCCUUGAUCGUCAUCCUCUUCUGUAUCAUCCUCUGGCCCGUUCAGUGUGCCCUCAAGACCGGCAACCUUCGCUGCUUCGCCACCAGGACUUAUACCUUGAGUAGACCAUACUACGUGCCGUCUCAAAAUCCAACCACACUGGCUCCAACGGUGGCCGAUGUCGGCUUGACGGAGUGAGGCGUGACCCGGUCAGGUGCCAGGCUGUCCCGGUCUCCGGCACGACCCCGUCAGCACCUUCUGCCCUUCCGAUGGCUUGGGAGCCACACUUGCUGCCCUUUUGAGUUUUUGAAACGGCAGGUUUUGUGUUGGCGCUUGUACAUUUUUAAAAGGCCCGAGGGUUGGAAACCUUGAGGGCAAGACCUCAGAUCCAGGCCACUGAGCCCUCUUGGGUCGUCAGUACCAUCUGGGGCUGGGGGACUAAAGCUUGUGGUGACGCUUGACCAGAUUUACUGUGCCCCUAGAAAUGGGGAAGGAGGUCGCCUUGGGAGGUUUUCAGCUUUGCAAGGCUUUCAGUUUUCAUGCUCGGGGUGGCCACAGUUGUGAUGAUGGUUUAAAAAGUGUUUUUUCAAACAUGACUCUCCAGUUUGUCAUUUCCAUUCCUCUGAUAACUGCCAGGAAUGUGCUCCAAAGAUUUCCUCCAUGGAGUCUUUUCAUUGUGACCUCCAAGCCUGCCUUUAACCGUGUUUUUUUUUUUUUUUUUGCUCUGUGCAAAAAUGAUUGCAAUUGUACCCUAAUGCUUUGCGGGUGGAGAAGGAAAGGGCGACAGGAGCAGAGGAAGCUGCCUUAUACGGAGUCAGACCAUUGGGCCAUCUAGCUCAGGAUCGUCAACACUGACUGGCAGCAGAUUCCAGGCAGAAGGCUUUCCCAACUCUUUGUGGUGAUGCUAAGGAUUAAACCUGGGACCUUCUGCAUGCAAGCUUGCAAGUGUUAUUUCACUGACCUGUAAGUACAAAUAUUGCCUAUUUUCCAUGUCUAGGGGAGCAGAUGUUGCCACAAAUCACUAUGAGCAUUCGUCCCCCGAGAUAAUACCGCGGGCCAAAAUUUGUGGGCCUAUUUCUGCACUUUUGACCCUUUAACUUGAAGGAAACUGCGAUUCUGAAUCCAAAAAGCCUCCAGUGCAUACCUCCGGAUUCGAUACCUUAACGCUGUAUCACUCCGCUGGCUGUAAAGAAGACAGCUGAUCAGGUCAAGAGAAGACUCUGUGCAUAUACCUGCUGAUCUUCAGCAAGCUUCCAAAAGACUACGACAAAACUUGAAAUAUUAUGAUGUCCGUGGUUCAAAUGAGCCCGGCCUUGCCUUUUAAAGACCAUUUAGGACUUUCUUUCCACAGACGGACUGCAGCCAGAGUUGGAAAAAAGCUCAUCUAUCUAUCUAUCUAUCUAUAUGCAAAAGGAUGUAUUUAAUUUUAUAUGCAAUAAUAAACAUUUCAGUUUUAUACACA